AGUAAUCGGCUAGUGCUGCAGGGAAAAACCCAGGACAGGGGCAGGGUGCUGCGGUGGACCCAGACAGAAAGGGUUAGCAGCACAGCGCCCCAAAAGAAGGACAGGGUGUUGCAGUAGUCCCCAAGGAAAGGGGAUAGCAGCACAGUGUCCUCUAAGAGGCGAAGCAGCGCAGUGGGCCUGAAAGACCGGAGGCUCGAGGUAAGAGUCCCGAAGUGGACAAGGGUCCCUGAGUGGGACAACACUUUUAGAAGAGACCCCAGAGAAGAGGGGCAGUGUUAGAGAAGGCCCCAGAGAAGGGGGGGCAGCAUUUUAGGAAGCCCAGGGAGGGCAUGGUGAGCCCCGAAGAGGGGAGUGCCUUGUGAGGGAAGACCCCAGAGAGGGGGCAGACUAUAUAGAAAAGGACACACCAACAUCAGAUACAUCAGCGAAGCUUGGGACAUGGUAUUAGGGGUGGUAGGAGCCACGCGUAGCCCACAAGGCUAGGGUGCUUGAGUAGCACCCAUCGUACGGGGAGACCUACGAGGGGUCCAGGAGUUUACGUGCCCGAGGAGACACAAGGCAGCCUCCCUAUUACAUUUUCCUUAAGAGCAAAGACGUGGCGGGUGAGUAUGGAGGGUGCCCUUGGGCCGAAUUAGCGCGGAGAGAGGGCCUUGAGGAGAUCACGGCCCUCCUGAAGGACCCCGCCAUGACAACUGAUGCAUUGGCCGGGAAGAGAGGCUGUGCACGGGGAAGGAACCCGUGUUCCCUAGAAGGGGAAUGAACCUGAGGGCUAGACAGAGGUGAAGAAUCACAAUGCAGUAAGAGUGGGGCUUGAGUAGAUAAGCCCAGACCAAAUAUAAGACUGCCAGUCGGAAUUUUAGAUAAGAAAAGACGUUGAGUUAGGUCCAGAGAGGGAAAAAAAAAAAGUGUGGAAUGAUGGCAGGAACAGACGAUAGAGAGCCUCAGGCAGGAGAAUUUUACCUGGCUGUUACGAGUAAGUGAGCUCAAAGAAAACAUUGCUCGAUCAGAGUGGGAGUUAGAGAUAGCUUGUUCCUUUUGGGAUCGUGCUGAGGCAAGAGUAGCCACUUUAGAGCUGCGGGUACAACCUGGAAAGAAGGAAGGCUCCAAGGAGAUUAGGCGCCUAUUGGCAGCAGAGGCAGAGAGGACCCGAGCAAUAGAACAGCUCAUAGCGGAGGAGACUAAGGGAAGUAAACGGCGAGAGGAGAAGCUGCGAGAGCUGGUAGACGAGAUAGCGGUAUGGAAGAGGAAGUCCCCAGAGCCUGACAAGGGCCAAACAGGGGAACAAAAAGAGAUGGUGCAGAGGCUGGAGGUAUCUAAGAGCCUUAUAGCAACCCUCCAGAAAGAAAUACAUAGCCAGGCUGAACAGAUAGAGAGCCUGCAGGAGAGUCUGGGAACAUGGCAAGAGAGAUGUGACCAGGCGGAACACCUGGUGGGAGAGCUAAGGGAAAGACUUACAGAGAGCCAUACCCAGGGACAGGAGACCAGUAGGGUGAUAAAGAAAGAAAUGGAAAAAGUAAAGGAGUAUAUGGCCAAUCAUGAGGCCUUGCAAGAGCAGAAGCAGUCCCUCGAAACAGAGCUGAGAGAUAAAACAAAGGAGUGUGCAGAGUUGCGGGCUCAAAGGCAAAAGGUGGAAAGAGAAAAGGACCACCUAGAGAAAGAGGUGCAGUCCCUGAGGACCUGUGUAGAAGAGCGCACAGUCACAGAGAGGAUAGUACAAGCGGACUUUGAGCAGCAACUGACACAGGUUGCUCAGGCACAAAGAGAAAGAUUGACUGCAGUAAGUUUGCAGUUGGAGGAGUAUACAUCUAGGAUUAGCACUGAGCACCAGGAGCAGCUACAAGAGCUGGAAGCCUUGAAAAAAAUCUUGUCAGAGACUGAGAAAUGGGUAGAGAUGGCACAGACCAUACAUUUGAAGGUCCAAGAAGACCAAGAGCUCCAUAAGAAUGUUGGGAGAGGAAGCUCCAAGGAGGAGACGGAAAUAGAGAAAUUAGAAAAGGGCAUGAUGAUGGAGGGAUCUCCUGAGACAGAUGGGGCAAGAAUGGGGGAAGAAAGUAUCCCCAUUGUGAUCAAGUACCUCAAACAAGAAUGGAGUCGCUGGGCAAGCCAGCAUACAGAGGAAUUAAAUGGCUUGAGGAGAAAAAGUAGAGAAACUGGCCUGCAAGCACGAUGCUGGGGUACUAACAGUACCUAAAGAGGGGAAACGGAUGAAGGUAGAUAAGGGGGAUACAAUAGCUGUUCAAGGCGGUGAGCCGGACAGUAGGGACAGCAAAAACAGUGACCUAAGCUACCCUAGACAUACUCAGAAAGGAGGACAGCUAAGGCAAAAGGACCAGAGUCCAGAAAUGGCAAAGGCUCUGAUGGGUGAUAGAGCAGAUAGAGCUCCCAGAGGGGAGAGAGUGGCAGAAGCCCAGAGUAAAGGAAAAGUACAGGGGCCCAAAUUGGAAAGAAGGGGCCAGAACCCCAGGGAACUUAAGGGGGGAGGAGAUGGACGUCUCAAGCUCCACCUUAAAGAAGAAAUAUCUAGCCCAGUACAACGGCAGAGACCGGACCGUGUGCGGAUGGCAGACCAAGUUAAGGAGGCAGAAGGGCCAUCUUCACCGAAGGUAAUUCGGUCGAGAGAAGAUCAAAAGGGAAAGAAGAGGCCAUGUGUGUAUGUUAGCCACCUCCCAGGACAAGUCCUGUGGUGGACUUUAAGAAACUUUUAGAUACAAGAAUUGGAGGGGUAGCUUACAUGAAGAUAUAUAAAGGGCCUAACGGAAGACCUACCAACCGAGGGAAGGUAGAGUUUUGGGGAGAGAAGUGUGCCCAGAAGGCUUUGAGAAAACAGUGGGAGCUGUGGGGAAGGCUUAUGGACUGGGAGGAAGCCUUAGGAAGAAGGGACUCAUUACAAGGGCCCCAAAGAAGAGGAAGUUCGGGACAUAGGAGGAUUGAGAGGAAAAUCCAUCCCAAGCAAUAGGGAGUAACUCCCUGAUGAAGAGAGAAGAAGCCGGCUUGUUAAAAUGAGGGGGCUGUAGAAGGAGAAAAAAAAAAGGUGGGCCUGAAGUGCACCCUACCAGGGUUGGCUAAUGUGGGCGGGGCUACCUUUGGCAGGGUAACUCCCAAAAAAUCCCAUGUGAUGCGCCCCUGGGUAAAAGGUGAGGAGGAGGCGCCUUAAAACCUCCGCCGCUUGUAGGAAUUACCCGUAGGUGCCAGAAGACAGGCCAAGAAGAGACCCCGAAUCCGGCAACACCUGAGGAAAAGGGAAGAUCUGCCUCGAUAUCUUCCAUAUUUGAAGUCCCUUAAUAAUGCUCCUAUGACUACUGUUUGGCUUGGUGACCUGCUAUGUUAAGAAUUGACCACUGAUUACAACUGAAAAGAGAAACUUCAGAAGAUCGAUGCUGAUACAUUUUUCCCUAAACAAAAAUGAGCACAUUUUUAUGUAAGUCUUA